AUGUGGCUCUAUCGGGGCGCCCAGUCCGCGGUCUUCUACUAUGCCACUUGCACCCCCUGCGCCGAAAAUCUCGAUCGUCGGAAACGUAGAAAGGAUGCUUCUCGGAUUCAGCGAGAAAAGGAGAAGGAGCGACGCAACAACGAAGUCAUCACCGACCAACCCCGUCCAUUCGCACAGCCAACCCCUUUCAGCACCAAUGUAGGUUGGCGAGAGGAAAUCUCCCUAGGUCCUGGUCCCCCAGCCCGUCGGGGUGGUCAUCGCAAUGUCCAAAGAACGGACAGUUGGAAUACCGACCAGAGCUCGCAACUGAAGAAAGACAAGAGUGGUGGUCUGAUGCAUCCACUCGGCGAGAAGUGGAAGUCGAUGCGGUACCAACGGGAAGAUGAGCCUCUUUGGGGACAACAAGAAGUCCGUGGAUCGUCCAUUGGAUUCUCUGGACGUGGUCGUGCAGACCCGAACGAAACAUCCAAGUACUACAUCCCCCGUGUGCCGCCUGUGAACGACCUCCACCCGCCCAUUGUUAGUGGACCGUGUAGCCGUGCUGAAACCAGAUGGAUGCUCCAACCGCCACCAAGUGCCCGAGUGAUGGCCGGUAAAGCAGACAUCAGUUCCGUCACUUCGCCGACCAGUGAUAAUUUUAAUUCCCGGGGAUUUGGCACCGCAUCCCGAGCCCCUAAGAACGUGGCUAGGGAGAAUGACACUGGAAGAAUCAGUGAAGAGACUGGUGACGGUGCUAUCGAUGACACCACUCAGAACCAUCGACCUAGUCGGCCAUCGCUGACUCGACUCCGUAUCGACUCAGGUAGUCCAGACCCGGAAUCACACUCUCGAACUGACUCCAUGUUCUCCACCACCAACUCGGAUAAUCCGAGCCUUGAAUGGAAAUACCCCGACACUCCGGCAUCCCGUCCUCAAUCCAAUGCCACAGAUGACAUUGAUAAGUUCUGCCGCCCACAAAUCUCGAAGACUUUAUCCACAAUGCACCGGGACAACAAGAAGGUCCACAUGGUACACCUAGAGAUCAACGACGACGACCGUGAUGAGAUUGGUCUGGGUCAAUUACAACCCAUCCGCCCAUGGCGUUGGAGCAUGGACAUCUAA